ACAAAGGCGGCGCGCCGCCUGUGUCAUCCGCCAUUUUGUUCGGAGCAAGGUGGCCUCCACGUUCCCCGAGCGUCUUCUUCGCUUCUGCCUCGACCGCCCCUUGACCACAGACAUGUCUCGGGAUCGGUUCCGGAGUCGCGGCGGUGGCGGUGGUGGCUUCCACCGGCGCGGAGGAGGCGGCGGCCGCGGAGGUCUCCACGACUUCCGCUCACCGCCGCCCGGCAUGGGCCUCAGUCAGAACCGCGGCCCCAUGGGUCCCGGUCCCGGACAGGGCGGCCCUAAGCCUCCGAUCCCGCCACCGCCUCCGCACCAACAGCAGCAGCAGCCACCGCCGCAGCAGCCUCCGCCACAGCAGCCGCCACCACAUCAGCCACCGCCGCACCCGCAGCCGCAUCAGCAGCCGCCGCCGCCGCCGCAAGACUCAUCCAAGCCCGUCGUUCCUCCGGGACCAGGCCCUGCUCCGGUCGUAAGCAGCGCGCCGCCGGCCUCCAGCUCGGCCCCGCCUGCCACUCCCCCGACCUCCGGGGCCCCGCCAGGCCCAGGGCCAGGCCCCACCCCGACCCCGCCGCCCGCCGUCACCUCUGCUCCCCCGGGGGCGCCUCCACCGGCCCCACCAAGUAGCGGGGUCCCGACCACUCCCCCUCAGGCGGGGGGCCCGCCACCUCCACCAGCAGGGGGCCCAGGGCCCGGCCCGGGGCCUAAGCAGGGCCCCGGGCCUGGCGGCCCCAAGGGCGGCAAAAUGCCUGGCGGGCCGAAGCCCGGUGGCGGCCCUGGCUUGAGCACUCCUGGUGGCCACCCCAAGCCGCCGCACCGAGGCGGCGGAGAGCCUCGUGGGGGCCGCCAGCAUCACCCGCCCUACCACCAGCAGCACCACCAGGGGCCCCCGCCUGGCGGGCCUGGCGGCCGCAGCGAAGAAAAAAUUUCGGACUCCGAGGGGUUUAAAGCCAACUUGUCUCUCUUGAGGAGGCCUGGAGAGAAAACUUACACACAGCGCUGUCGUUUGUUUGUUGGGAAUCUACCGGCUGAUAUCACAGAGGAUGAAUUCAAAAGACUAUUUGCUAAAUAUGGAGAACCAGGAGAAGUUUUUAUCAACAAAGGCAAAGGAUUUGGAUUUAUUAAACUUGAGUCUAGAGCCUUGGCUGAAAUUGCCAAAGCUGAACUUGAUGAUACCCCCAUGAGAGGUAGACAGCUUCGGGUUCGAUUUGCCACACAUGCUGCUGCCCUUUCUGUUCGUAAUCUUUCACCUUACGUUUCCAAUGAAUUGUUGGAAGAAGCUUUUAGCCAGUUUGGUCCUAUUGAAAGGGCUGUUGUAAUUGUGGAUGAUCGUGGAAGAUCUACAGGGAAAGGCAUUGUUGAAUUUGCUUCUAAACCAGCAGCAAGAAAAGCAUUUGAACGAUGCAGUGAAGGUGUUUUCUUACUGACAACAACUCCUCGCCCAGUUAUUGUGGAACCACUUGAACAAUUAGAUGAUGAAGAUGGUCUUCCUGAAAAACUUGCACAGAAGAAUCCAAUGUAUCAAAAGGAGAGAGAAACUCCUCCUCGUUUUGCCCAGCAUGGCACAUUUGAGUAUGAAUAUUCUCAGCGAUGGAAGUCCUUGGAUGAAAUGGAAAAACAGCAAAGGGAACAAGUUGAAAAAAACAUGAAAGAUGCAAAAGACAAAUUGGAAAGUGAAAUGGAAGAUGCUUAUCAUGAACAUCAGGCAAAUCUUUUGCGCCAAGAUCUCAUGAGACGACAGGAAGAGUUAAGACGCAUGGAAGAACUUCACAAUCAAGAAAUGCAGAAACGUAAAGAAAUGCAAUUGAGACAAGAAGAGGAACGACGUAGAAGGGAGGAAGAGAUGAUGAUUCGUCAACGUGAGAUGGAAGAACAAAUGAGGCGCCAAAGAGAGGAAAGUUACAGCCGAAUGGGCUACAUGGAUCCAAGAGAAAGAGACAUGAGGAUGGGUGGCGGAGGAGCAAUGAACAUGGGAGAUCCCUAUGGUUCAGGAGGCCAGAAAUUUCCACCUCUAGGUGGUGGUGGUGGCAUAGGUUAUGAAGCUAAUCCUGGAGUUCCACCAGCAACCAUGAGUGGUUCCAUGAUGGGAAGCGACAUGCGUACUGAGCGCUUUGGGCAGGGAGGUGCGGGGCCUGUGGGUGGACAGGGUCCUAGAGGAAUGGGGCCUGGAACUCCAGCAGGAUAUGGUAGAGGGAGAGAAGAGUAUGAAGGCCCAAACAAAAAACCCCGAUUUUAGAUGUGAUAUCUAGGCUUUCAUUCCAGUUUGUUUUUGUCUUUUCUUGUUUAGAUACCAAUCUUUUAAAUUCUUGCAUUUUAGUAAGAAAGCUACCUUUUUAUGGAUGUUAGCAGUUUAUUGACCUAAUAUUUGUAAAUGGUCUGUUUGGGCAGGUAAAAUUAUGUAAUGCAGUGUUUGAAACAGGAGAAAAAUUUUUUUCCUUUUUAUUUCCUUUUUUUUUUUUAACUGUAUAAUGUCCCUCAAGUUAUAUGGCAGUGUACCUUGUGCCACUGAAUUUCCAAAGUGUACCAAUUUUUUUUUACUGUGCUUCAAAUAAAUAGAAAAAAUAGUUAUAAUAUUGAUCUUCAACUUUGCCAUUCAUGCUUCUAUGCACAUUAGGCUAGGUAUUCACUUUGAAAGCAUGAGAAUGUCUAGGCCUUUGAAUGGCAUAUGCCAUUUCUGGGAAAUGUAUCUGGAGGCUAAAUACUGCUUUCCACAAAUAACUACCCCCCCUCUUGUUUUAAAAAGAAGAAAUGCAUAUUGAAGUAGUUUCAUGAUUUGUUUGGCAUUAUAGGAAGCAAGCCGGUGCUAAGUAUUUUUAAAUGGUUAUGUAAGCAAAGCUGAACUGUAAAUCUUCAUUCAGGAAUAUGUAUUAAGAUUAUGGAAUGGGUGUAAGACUAUUGUAGGGGGUGGAAGAGGGUUUGGUUAAAUGGAUAUUUUAUGGCCCUAUGAUCCUUUCCUUGAAAGUUUUUGAAAAGUGGAAAGAUCAUUUUGUUGCAUUUCCCCAUUUCUUGUUUUUAAAAAAAGAACAAAUCCCAAGCCCUACAAAUGGCUUGUAUUGAACUUUUACAUUUGAAUUAAAGAUUGUUAAACAUGAAGCCUUUUCAUGUAUUACUUCAAGUGAUUUACAAAGGUGGGGUUUAGUCUCAAAAAUUCAACUUGAAAAUAAGGUUUAGUAACCAUAAAGUAGGUUUACCAAUAUAUACACAUUUGUACUCUGUAACUUUUACAUCUCCUUGUGCUACUUGUGUUGGGCAAAAUCUGUGGGACUAUAAAAAUCUAUUGGUCCUCUUUUCUAAGAGCUAGUGGUGACUGUUAAUAAGAAAUAGGUUUGCAGAUAAUCAUUCUUACUGUAAAUUUGUUAACUUGUUUUUACAUAGUUUCCUUUUGAUGUAGCACUAAAUCUGGAGAGAGUUGCUCAUGCUACACAGUACAAAUAUCCUUCUUCCCACCAUGAAGCUUUGCAAUGUUUCGAUGGUGUUGUCAGUUAAUUGUCAACUAAAUUGGAUCUCCUUCCAUUAGAACAAGAGACUUUUUGACUAUUAAAGUAGAUGGUUUAUUGUUGCCUGUUUAGUUCAAUAGGAGCCUGAUUUCUUCCCAGUGUAAAUAUGUUAGGGGAACGACUUCCUAACAGUAGGUAAAGGUAAUUGAAUGGUUUGGCUUUGUUCUUAGUUAUGUUCCAUUCAAAUCUGUACAUUAUAGAACUCUUACUAUAGAAUGUGUCUUCCUCCUUUUCACCUCUGUUCUUGGUGGUAAUUGGCAAAAGAAAAAUUCUAAAUCAAACCUUUGUUAACAUGCUGAAGUUUAGUAUUGUGCCUGAGAACAAAAGGAGACCUAUUGUUGAAACAACUGAGCACUUUCUGCAUAGGAAACAGAAUAAUACACUAGUACUCUACUAGAGUUUAAAGGCAUCUCAUCAAAUUCUCGUUGUAUGACUGAUAGGUACAUGGUGUGCUAAUUAAGGUAGAGAAUAUCAUUAGAAAAUAUGCUCAUUAUUUCUGCCCACCAACACACUUGGAAAUAAGUAGUUCUACCAUAAUUAUACCAAUAAGGAAGUUUUGUCCCAAGUCAAGUUAUUAAAUUGGUGAUACAUGAGAUUUUCUGUAUGGAAACAAGGGUCUUGAUUUGAAAGGAGUCCAUUACAGUUUGGUUGAAUUGUACAGUAGGGACUCUACUAAUGACAAGAAAAUAAGGGGUGUUCAUGGGACACCCACAGAGGGUGAACUUGAAUGUGUGUGGGUGGGGGCUGGUGGGGAAAUGGGAAAAUCUGCCUAUAAAAUUAAUGUUUCAGUUUAUUUUUCAGAUUACAUGCCUUUCUUUAUAAGGGAUGCUGGCACAGACCCCUAAAAUAAGCUUUUGGUAGUACUGUACCUUUGAAGAGUGGUGAAGGAUGCUAAUGGAUAAUCUCCUGAAAGUUGUGGCUUUUGAGACCCUUACUGUGGGCUGUAGAAUUGCUAAACAUUGUUUAGCAAAUAAUGUUGCUUAGUUUCAACUGACAUUGACUUUCAUCACUGAAACAGCGUACCAAGGGUUGUAAGCUUACUCAUAGACUUUCAAUAAGCCUUGCAAUGUAUAUGAUAGUUUUUAGCUUAAUGUGAACUUAAAUUAUCUUGAUAAAGUAGUUUCCUAAAAGUUGAUAUGAAACUUGGGGUGGGAAAGGGAAGGCAAUAAUUUUGAAGUAUUUUAGUCAUUUUUCUCAUUUAAAGAAACCACUUGCCCCCAUUUCCUCUUCUCUACUUUCUCUCACAAUUUUGUUUUAAGAGGAACACUUAUUUUUUAAACUUACCUCUUCCUAAUCUUUAAUUAAAGCUGCAUUAUCCAAGACCCCCACCCCCAGUGUUUUUAAUAGGUAUCUUACAAGCUUAACCUAUUGGCUCAUGUUACUUAAUGAAACCAUAAUCCUCUUUGCUUAGAACAUUGAUUAAACUCCUAAGUACUAUAAAACCCACCACUCUUUAUAAAUAUUAUACCAAUAUUUAUACCAAACAAUAUAAACAGAUAACAAUUUGGGAAAUUGUAAUGUUACGCCUGUGCAAUUUUUAUAAGUGGCAUAUUAUGGCAGAUAAAAAUUUAGAUACUCGGCUUUUCUUGGGCAAGCCACUAAGUUGUGGCGGAAUGUUUUCUGGUGUUCUUGGACUGCAAUUAUGCACUAUUAAAGUAGUGGCCUGCUACAUAACUGCAUUUAGCCAGCAUUUCUGCAGUGCGUAACUGUGAGGAACGUAGUACCGCAAAUGGCAAUGGACAUUAGGACCCGGAUGUAGUAUUCCUGCUUGCUCCAAGAUUCUCAUUGCCGACUGCAUACAGGUAAGAAUGAUUGAUGUUGGCUGAAUUGGAGUGCUCAUUCACUUGAAGUGGAUAGAUAUUUGUUCUCAAGACAUCACUGCGUGAGCCAAGAAGGAAAUCCACGAGUUGUUAGACUGACAAAAGUAUCUAGGAUCAGUUGAGCUGUGUCCAGAAAACCAGUGGAGGAGUACAAGGAAGGAAUCAACAACGAAUUUGUCAUUAAUAAAGACAUUAUACUAAUUA